AUGCACGUCGUCUUGAUUCAACAACCGAAACUUCCUGAAAUUCCAAGAAAAAUCUGGUCAUUGCGCCUAGAAAACAAAAGUGUGGAAAGACGAUCUGGACAAGACACGAAGGUUUUAGAAAAAGAGCACUCUCUAUUCAAGAAACUCGAAGAACUGUCUCUUAUUCCAAGCAUUUUCGGAGAACGAAGAUCAAAUGUUUUUGAUCCGUUCUCGCAAGACGUAUGGGAUCCAUUUGAAGGAUUCUUCACGCCGGUAGCAAACGCAAACGCUUCGACGGCUCGUGACUUGGCAGCGUUUACAAACGCAAAGGUAGACUGGAAGCAGACGCCGGAGGCCCACGUGUUCAAAGCGGAUUUGCCUGGUCUGAAGAAGGAAGAAGUGAAGGUUGAGGUUGAAGACAAGAACAUACUUCAGAUCAGUGGAGAGAGGAGCAAGGAGAACGAAGAGAAGAACGACAAGUGGCACCGUGUGGAGAGGGCAAGUGGGAAGUUCAUGAGGAGUUUUAGGUUACCGGAGAAUGCCAAGGUGGAAGAAGUGAAGGCAACGAUGGAGAACGGUGUGCUUACGGUUACGGUUCCAAAAACGUCGGAGAAGAAGCCUGAUGUCAAGUCGAUCGAUAUCUCCGGCUAA